AAAACAUCUCUGUUGUCAGAGUUUUGGUGCAAAACGAACGAUGAUUAGCUGAAUUCUCUGUGCUGCACCAUCGGGUAUAAGAGAACCAAUCAGCCAAGAUGUCUACAGCAAUAGCCAUGGCGCAUUUCAUCGCAGGCCUCAAGCAUCGAAGUGAAGAGGUCCGCUUCAAAACGGCCAAUGACCUGCACCACUUUGUCAGCACAGAGCUGCGAGAAAUGCCCUUGGAUGAACACACGUCCUUCAUGGAUGAUUUCAACCACCACAUUUUUGAAAUGGUUUCUAGUUCUGAUAUAAAUGAACGAAAAGGUGGAAUACUGGCAAUAGUGAGUCUGAUAGGUGUUGACAUCGGUAACACCACCACACGUAUCAGCCGAUUUGCUAAUUACUUACGUAACCUACUGCCAUCCAAUGAUGUCGGGGUGAUGGAAAUGGCUGCACAGGCAGUGGGGCUCUUAGCUCUAACAUCCGGCACCUACGUGGCUGAGUACGUGGAGUUUGAGGUGAAGAGAGCUCUGGAGUGGCUGACAGGGGACCGUCAUGAAGGACGCAGACAUGCAGCAGUUUUAGUCCUGAAGGAGCUGGCUGUCAGUACACCUACUUUUUUCUUCCAACAAGUCCAGCAGUUCUUUGAUUGCAUCUUUAGUGCUGUGAGAGACCCGAAGCCUAUUGUUAGAGAAGGAGCUGUUGCUGCUUUACGGGCUGCAUUGGCGGUGACAUCACAGCGAGAAACCAAGGCAACGCAGCGAUCUCAGUGGUACAAGCAAUGCUAUGAGGAAGCCAAGAAGAUAUUUGAUGAGCCCCAGGGGAGAGAGAAGAGGUUGAGUCGUGAUGACUGGGCACAUGGAUCCCUGCUUAUCAUCAAUGAGUUACUGCGAUGUAGUAACGUGGAAGGGGAGAGAUUAAGAAUUGAGAUGGAAGAAAUAACAGCUCAACAGAAUCAACACAGGAAAACUUAUAAGGAGCUGCAAGGCAAGAAGGUGCAGGGAAAUGUUUCAGCUCUUCAACAACUACAGAACAAGUUAUCUCCCCUGUCAAACUUCGGCCUUUCAGCUCGACCUCUGCAGUCGAAAGCCACAUUCUUUGAGAGCAGAACUUGUAAGGAGUUGAUGAGCUCACAUUUUGAAAAGGUGUGUGGUAUGGUGCUCCGUCACAGAGGAAGUCGCAGCCUGUUUGUCCAGCAAACACUGCUCAUGGUCAUCCCGCGCCUGGCAGCCUUCAACCCACCUCUCUUCUCAAGAAAGUAUCUGAUAGAUACGAUGAACUUCCUGCUGAUAAUCCUUAAGAACAGCAAAGAGAAGACACAGGCAUUCCAAGCGGUGGGGCUGCUGGCCGUGUCCGUACAGGAGGAAAUCUCAAGCUUCCUGCCUCGCAUUAUGGAAGUCAUCAAGACAUCCCUGCCACCUAAAGAUCUCCCACUCAAGAAGCACAAACACUUUGUGGUGGACCCAGCAGUUUUUACGUGUAUCAGUAUGUUAGCCCGGGCUGUCGGGCUGAGCAUGUCACGUGACAUCAAGGAGCUUCUAGAACCAAUGAUGGCCGUAGGGUUGAGCCCGGCGUUGACAGCUGCCCUCCGUGACCUAGCAACACAGAUCCCUCAGCUCAAGACAGACAUCCAGGAUGGCCUGCUGAGGAUGCUGUCUAUAGUGCUGAUGGGACGACCCCUGAGGCACCCCGGGGCCCCAAAGAGUCCCACAUCACCAAUCCCCAUGUCAAGUUCUGUGUCUAACCUAGCUGAACCUCAGGAUGUCACCAGCAUUACCCUGGCUCUAAGAACACUAGGCAGUUUCGACUUUGAAGGCCAUUCCUUAACCCAGUUUGUUCGUCAUUGUGCGGAAACUUAUUUGUCCAGCGAGAACAAGGGCAUCCGCACUGAGGCAGUGAAGACCUGUGCACGACUCUUGACCCCUUUACUGAAUUUAUUGUCCUCCCAGCCUGGACAGAGUGUGGCAGCCAUGAACACAGUGGCUGAGGUCCUCAACAAGCUGUUGGUCGUGGGAAUCACAGACUCAGACUCUGACAUUCGUUACUGUGUCCUGGCCUCGUUAGACGAACGCUUUGACCCUCACCUGGCCCAGGCUGAGAACCUUAGUGCUCUAUUUGUUGCCCUCAACGAUGAGGUGUUUGAAAUACGGGAACUCGCUAUUUGUAUUAUUGGCCGCCUAAGCUGUAUGAACCCAGCUUAUGUGAUGCCGUCACUGAGGAAGACGCUGAUUCAGAUCUUGACAGAAUUGGAGCACAGUGGAGUGGGUCGUAACAAGGAACAGGCAGCCCGCCUGCUGGGCCACCUGGUGUCUAAUGCUGCGCGCCUGAUACGGCCAUACAUGGAACCUAUCCUAAAGGUGUUGAUCCCUAAACUGAAGGAGCCAGACUCAAACCCAGCUGUGACUAUCUGUGUUCUGGCUGCCAUAGGAGAACUAGCCCAGGUGAGUGGAGUGGACAUCAGAAAGUGGGUGGAUGAAUUACUGCCCAUCAUACUGGAGAUGUUACAGGAUUCGUCUGCCCUUCAGAAAAGAGAGGUGGCCUUAUGGAGCCUAGGACAGAUGGUGGAGAGUACAGGCUAUGUGGUAGAGCCGUACAAGAAGUAUCCCUCCCUUCUGGAGGUGUUGCUGAAUUUCCUGAAGACAGAGCAGUCUCCCGGCAUACGUAGAGAGGUUAUCCGUGUGCUGGGACUUCUGGGAGCUCUGGACCCUCAUAAGCACAAGAUGAAUAUCGGGGUGAUCUGUACCACGGGCGACUCCGCCGCCUCCGUGGGCAUGACAGAGAAGAAAAGCACACAGGACGCUAGUCAACCAGGCGAGUACAACACGAGUGAGAUGCUGGUCAACAUGAGUUCAUCCACCACCCUGGAGGAGUUCUAUCCCGCCGUAGCUAUCGCUACUCUCAUGAGGAUCAUCCGUGACCCCUCCCUGUCUCAGCACCACACCAUGGUCGUCCAGGCCAUCACAUUCAUCUUCAAAAGUCUGGGGAUAAAGUGUGUGCCCUACAUCCAGCAGGUGGUGCCCGCGUACCUGACGGUCAUACGCACGGCAGACACAGGCUUCAGAGAGUUUCUCUUCCAACAGUUGGGUGUGAUCAUUGCCAUUGUGAAACAGCACAUCAGAAACUACCUGGAUGAUAUAUUUGCUCUGAUUAAGGAUUUCUGGACCCUGAACAGCCCCAUGCAGAACACGAUCAUCCUGUUAGUGGAGCAGAUUGUAAGCGCCCUGGGGACGGAGUUUAAGAUUUACCUGCCCCAGAUCAUUCCCCAGAUUCUCCGUGUUUUUAUGCAUGACACCAGCGCCAUGAGGAGCGUCACAGCCAAGCUGCUGAAUGCCCUCCAGCUGUUUGGAGCUAACCUGGAUGAUUAUCUUCACCUGCUGCUUCCUCCUGUGGUCAAGCUCUUUGACUCCCAAGAUGUUCCUAUGAAUGUCAGAAGGAUAUCCUUGGAAACCAUAGACAAGCUGACAGACUCCCUGGACCUCACAGACUUUGCCUCCCGGAUCAUCCAUCCGUUAGCGAGGACGAUCGACUCCGUGCCGGAGCUCAGAGGAUCAGCCAUGGAUACUCUCUGCUCAUUGGUCAUGCAGCUGGGUCAGAAGUUCACCAUAUUCAUCCCAAUGGUGAAUCGCGUGAUCAGUAAACAGAGAGUCAUACAUCCGAAAUACGAUAUGCUGCUCUGUAGGAUCUUAAAGGGCCCAACAUUUGCUGAUGAUGAAGACGACCCGCUUCUGGCCAAACAUCGCCAGAAUCGGAAUCGUAAAACAGACACGUCAGGGGAGAGCACUGAUACAGCCACAAUCAAGAAGCUUCACGUCAGCUCUGCUAAUCUACAGAAGGCACUGACUGCCGGUAGGAGGGUAUCUAAAGAGGACUGGAUGGAAUGGUUACGACGCCUCAGUAUAGAGCUGCUAAAAGAGUCCCCCUCCCCUGCCCUCAGGUCCUGCUGGGCUCUGGCACAAACCUACAACCCUCUGGCUAGGGACUUGUUCAAUGCUGCGUUUGUGUCCUGCUGGACUGAGCUGAGUGAGACCCAGCAGGAUGAGCUGAUUAGUAGCCUGGAGCAAGCGCUGACCUCCCAGGAGCUACCAGAGAUCACCCAGACUCUGCUCAAUCUGGCCGAGUUCAUGGAGCAUUGUGACAAGGGACCUUUGCCAUUGGAAACUAAGCUUUUAGGACAAAGAGCCAUUCGCUGUAGAGCCUAUGCUAAAGCCUUGCAUUACAAGGAAGAUGAGUUUCACAGAAAUCUGGAGACUGAAACUUUGGAGGCACUCAUCAGUAUUAAUAAUAAACUGCAGCAGCCUGAGGCAGCGGCGGGUGUCUUGGAAUAUGCCAUGAGACAUCACAGAGCUGAUCUGAAAAUCCAGGAGAAUUGGUACGAGAAGUUACACGAAUGGAACAAAGCUCUGGCUGCUUACGAGAGAAAACAGGAGCAGGCUCCUGAUAACCAUCACAUUGUACUGGGCAGGAUGAGGUGUCUGGAGGCUCUGGCAGAGUGGGGACAGCUGCACCAGCUGGCGUGUGAGAAAUGGACGACAGCCACUAAUGACAUGAGAAGUAAGAUGGCACGUAUGGCCUCCGCAGCUGCCUGGGGGCUGGGCCACUGGGAGAGCAUGGAGGAGUACAUCUGUUUCAUUCCGAGGACCAGUUAUGAUGGAGCGUUUUACCGGGCUGUGUUUACUCUUCAUGAGGAGAAUUACCAUAUGGCUCAACAGUGUAUUGACAAGGCACGGGAUAUUCUAGACACAGAGUUGACCGCCAUGGCAGGAGAAAGCUACAACAGGGCCUAUGGGGCCAUGGUGAAUGUACAGAUGUUAUCAGAGUUGGAGGAGAUUAUCCAGUACAAACUAGUCCCUGAGAGACAGGCAGUUAUCAAACAAAUGUGGUGGGACAGGCUACAGGUGAGCGAGGAGCUGAUCCGUGUGGCAAUUCUCUGGCAUGAGCUUUGGCACGAGGGUCUAGAGGAGGCUUCUCGCCUGUAUUUUGGGGAGCGCAAUGUGAAGGGUAUGUUUUCCACUCUGGAGCCUCUUCACGGCAUGAUCGAGAGAGGACCGCAGACUUUGAAGGAAACCUCUUUUAACCAGGCCUAUGGAAGAGAUUUGAUAGAGGCUCAGGAAUGGUGUAAGAAGUAUCAGAAAACUGGGAAUGUAAAGGACUUGACUCAAGCCUGGGACCUGUACUACCAUGUGUUCAGGAGGAUCUCAAAACAGUUACCUCAGCUGACAUCACUGGAGCUGCAGUAUGUGUCGCCUAAGCUACUGAGAUGCCUGGACCUGGAGUUAGCAGUACCAGGCUCCUACGAGCCCAACCAGCCCAUUGUCCGCAUACACCAUGUACAGAGCUCCUUACAGGUCAUCACAUCUAAACAGAGGCCACGCAAGCUCAGCAUUUUUGGCAGUAACGGUCAAGAGUACAUGUUCUUACUGAAGGGCCAUGAAGAUCUUCGGCAGGAUGAGAGAGUCAUGCAGCUGUUUGGUCUAGUCAAUUCUCUGCUGCUCAACAAUCCAGAAACCUUCAGGAAAAACUUGUCUAUCCAGAGGUACGCCGUGAUUCCACUGUCCACCAACUCGGGGCUGAUAGGCUGGGUUCCACACUGUGACACACUGCACUCUCUGAUCAGAGACUACAGGGAGAAGAAGAAAAUCCUUCUCAACAUAGAACACAGACUCAUGCUCAGGAUGGCCCCUGAGUACGACCAUCUGACCCUGAUGCAGAAAGUAGAGGUGUUUGAGCACGCCCUGGAGCACACUCAGGGCGAUGACCUGGCCAAAAUCCUGUGGUACAAGAGUCCCAGCUCAGAGGUCUGGUUUGACAGGAGGACUAACUACACACGCUCCCUGGCCGUCAUGUCUAUGGUGGGAUACGUGCUUGGGCUGGGUGACAGACAUCCUUCCAACCUGAUGCUGGACCGUAUGAGUGGGAAGAUCACGCACAUUGACUUUGGGGACUGUUUUGAAGUGGCUAUGACAAGAGAAAAGUUCCCUGAAAAGAUUCCUUUCCGCCUUACUCGUAUGCUCAUCAAUGCUAUGGAGGUGACAGGCAUUGACGGGAACUACACGAUGACCUGUGAGAGUGUGAUGGAGGUCUUAAGGGAACACAAGGACAGCUUGAUGGCCGUACUGGAAGCAUUUGUCUAUGACCCCUUACUCAAUUGGAGGCUCAUGGACACCACGACAAAGACAAAGCCAAAGGGAAGAUCAGACUCAUAUUCUGGGGGCAGUCAAGAGCAGGAUAUCCUGGAGACAGGGGACAUGACACAGACAAGUCACAAGAAGACAAAUGCCCAUGGGGAAGGGUCACCAGAGGGCGACAGUGUACCCACAGAAGCCUUGAACAAGAAAGCCAUUUCCAUAGUGCACCGAGUGAGAGACAAACUGACAGGGCGUGAUUUCCCAUCGACUGACCCCAGUGCGGAACCCAUUGACGUCCCAGAUCAGGUGGAACUGCUCAUCAAACAGGCUACGUCCCAUGAGAACCUCUGCCAGUGUUACAUAGGCUGGUGCCCAUUCUGGUAGUGUUGUACAGUGCAGUGAAUCAGGCCAGGUGAUAGUGGUACAGGGAAACACAUCUGUGUUUGAGGGACAGCUGGGGACUGGGUACAAGUUCAUGUACAUAAUGGACUCACAUACUAGAUUAUCUAGAGUUGGAGA